CCCAACGCCUCCUCCCCCAGACCACACCCAAGACCCAACUUGUCACCCCAACCCAGCCCAACGUCUCUCUGACCUGACCCUCCCCGCCUCCUCCACUGUUCCACCCCCGCACGCCGCCGCGCUCUCUCUCACUCUCCGAUGUCGCGGGAGCUCCGCGCGCCAAGCCCUCCCCGCAGAUGAGCUCCAGGAACCGCUCCGCCGCCCCCGCCGCCGCCCCGACGGCGCCGUCGCUCCGGACGCCGCGGCGCCUGCGCCGGCGCCCGCUCAGGGCCCCGGGGUCGGGCGGCGGGCGGCGGAGCGGGCCCGCCACGCCGCUGCUCAGGUGGGACGCGGGGGUCGCCAAUGGGGCGCCCGACAAGCGCGGGGAGAAGCCGGGGGCCGGGCCUGGACCCGGCCCGCGGGAGAAGGCGCGGGACGUGUCGGUGAGGCGGCUCGCGGCCGGGGUGUGGCGGCUGCGGCCCCCGGAGGCGGUCGUCGGCGGCCACGGUGGAGGCGGCGGCGGCGAGGGCAGGGUUCACGUCGGGCUCGAGCAUAUCCCGAGGCAUCUACAAGUCCAGCUUCUUAAACAAGACACCUUGGGUCAUCAUCAGAGUCUUAAGAAUGAGAUUUCAAGCCCAAUUUCUGUUUUGGAGCGAAAGAGUGAAGAGCUUCACAAGGUACAGUUUCAUGGUUCUUCACCUAUGAUACCUGUUACCACCAUGGAGAAAGCAACAAAAUGGGAGCCUGAGAACAUGAAAGGAAUGGAAUCACAUGAUGCCUAUCUGAUAGCCAGCCAACUGAAUCUUUUGGAUGAGCAGCAAGAUGCAUCCUAUGUUGCUAACCUCCAGUUAGAACUCCGGCAAGCACGUGAUCGGGUGGGUGAGCUGGAAAGCGAGCGCCGGUCAACUAAGAAGAAACUUGACCACUUGUUCAAGAAGCUUGCCGAGGAGAAAGCAGCUUGGCGCAGUAGAGAGCACGAGAAGAUGCGUGCUGUUCUUGAAGAUAUGAAGGCAAACCUUGAUCAUGAGAAGAAAAACAGGAGGCGGCUGGAGCUGAUUAACAUGAAGCUCGUCAAUGAGCUGAAGGAGACCAAGAUGUCAGCAAACCAGCUGGUGCAAGAGUAUGAUGAGGAGAGGAAGACUCGGGAGCUCACCGAGGAGGUGUGCAACGAGCUAGCAAGGGAGGUGGAGGAAGACAAAGCCGAGAUCGAGGCCUUGAAACAUGACAUCCAGAAGCUGCGAGAGGAGGUGGAUGAGGAGCGGAAGAUGCUGCAGAUGGCUGAGGUGUGGCGCGAAGAACGGGUGCAGAUGAAGCUUGUUGACGCAAAACUCACCUUGGAUGCCAAAUACACAGAACUGAGCAGACUGCAGCAGGAUGUUGAGGCCUUUGUUGCUGGAUGCAGUUCUGCUAGAGGAGACAUCACAGUAGUGGAACAAGCGGAGAACAUUAUACAUGCAAUCAAGUCAGUCAGAGCACAGGAUGUUGAAUUCAGGUAUGAGCCACCAGCAGAAUCAGAGGACAUAUUCUCAAUUUUCGAAGAGCUGCGUCCAAGCGAAGAGCCUGUCAUCAAGGACAUCGAGCAGUGCUACAAGAACAGCUCCAUUGUAUGUGAAUCAGAGAUCCAAGAGGCCAGCCCAAUGACAGAUAUAUUCCUGGAGAAGCCAGCCAAGGCGGUGUACUCGAAUAAGAACCCUCACAAUGAGAGUGAAGCUGGAGAUGCCAGCAGCUGGGAGACAAUAAGCCAUGAAGAGAUGCAGGGUUCAAGUGGUUCACCCGACGGAAGCCAGUCGUCGAUCAACAAGAUCUUCGACGGGAGCAUCUCCUGGACGAGCAGAAACGACUUCGAGUACGGGGAGAUCGAGAAGCUGAAGGAUGAUCUGGCCGACGCAUACCUGAUGACCAUGACCCAGCCCAAGAAGAAAGAGUCAGCCAUCUCAAAGCUCUGGAAGUCGUCUCGCCCAAAGAACAGCGAUGUCUCCAAGAAGGAUGCCACGGAGGCACUGAACGGCAGAUCAUCGAACGUGCGGCUGUCGGUCGGGACCCAUUCCACCAUCGAGAGCGGCGUUCAGGACAUCGGCCUCAGCUCGCCGAGCGUGGGGCAGUGGAGCUCGCCGGACUCGAUGAACAUCCAAUUCAACCGCGGCUUCAGGGGCUGCAUGGAGUACCCGCGGGCGUCCCAGAAGCACAGCCUGAAGGAGAAGCUCAUGGAGGCGCGGAUGGUGAGCCAGAAGGUGCAGCUCCGCCAGGUGCUCAAGCAGAAGAUCUAGGUGAAGAGGUGCAAGGCUAGAAGAAAUAAUCUCAGAAAUUACUUCGCCGCUUCGAUUUUUUCUUCCUGUUGUUGUCUUAGGGUCACUUGUAAGUUGUAAUUGAUGUACUAGUAAAGAACCGAAAUAGAUCAAUCGAGUCAAGUCGGCCUUUGUGGGCCGUGCUGCUUCUGUAUCUUACCGUGGCUCUGGGGAUAUGGUUCUACUAUUUUGAUAGGCUGCGGUGAGAUCCGGGCAUGAUGUAAUAUAGACAUAAACAGGCAGCAAUGUUCAGACAAAGUUCACGUCCA